AUGAACGUUGAUCCUAUGACCGCCGAGGCACCUAUCCAGGUGGUCACCAUGGUUCAGGAAAUACUGGACCAACAUCACCACAAUUUGAGAACCUCGACAAGCCGCCUCAUGCAUAGCCCCAUCCAUGUUGAAGACCGCCUUCAAGAAAGGAUUGACGGCAUUGUCUCGGUCAUCCAGCACUUAAUCGCCCGAAAGGCACAUCAGCUUCUCAACCAGUUCGCCAGCCAAGUCCUCGAGAAUGUUGUUCCCAUUGCCUUGGUGUUGGAGAGACAGAGAAACAGAGCUGUUGCGGCCUCUCCUAGUUGA